AUGAUGGACGACGCAGAGCCGCAAGCAGCACAACCAAAACUAGAAAUCGUCGAUGAAGAAGACGAUGGUGUCGAGCGAUUUACAGCAAGUUCACCGAUUCCCAAAGUAUAUCGAACGAAAAACGACAAUCUGACACAUUUAUUAUUCGCCAAAGAAGAAGUCGGGUCCGAGAAGAAGGAUUCGGCGAUAAUUGAGAAAUUGGCCGAACAAUUCCGAGAGGAAAACCAAGGGACCAUUGAGGCUUGCCCUAUUUUAGCUGAAAUUGGAGUGGAUCGAAUCAAGCAGAUGGUUUUGGGACCCAGACAUGUCGCUUUUUUGUUGGAUGAUGAUAAUGUGAUUCGAAUGGGUUAUCAGUCGAGCAAAGUAAAAGAUAUUCCAGUAAUGCAAGGUGAAUAUGAUGGAAAAUUGCUGUAAAUCGAAGAUUUUGCUUAAAAAUAAGCUAGAAAAGCUUAAUUUUCAUUGAAAAGACGUUAAAACCCGUGGGGAACCUCUGGAAAUCAAAAAAACAUGAAAUUCAGGCUUGGAAUGCUAAAUUUUCACUGGAAAAACUGAGAAUGAGCCAAAACUACACCCACAAGCUCAAAAAUCAUGAAAAUCAGCUUAGAAACCGGAAAAAUCUCAGUUUUUCACUAGAAAUCGCUGAAAAUGAGGUCAAAUUUCACCCAGAAGCUCAAAAAUCUCGCAAUUUGGUUUAGAGCUUGAUAAAUUGCAGUUUUUUCACUAGAAAAGCUUAAAAAUCACAAAAUUCAACUCAAGAACCUGAAAAUUCACUGUUUUUCCCAAGAAAUCGCUGAAAUCCCGUGAAAAUAAUUAUCGAUUUUUCCCAAAUUUCAAACGUGACCUUUUUGCUGGCUAGCAAAAAACGUGGAAAAUUUUUUAUUUUUGAGCUUGUGAAUCUUGCGAAAUAGUCGGAUUUUCAGAGAAAUUUGAAAAAAGUAGGUUUUUGGCUGAAAAUCAGGAUUUUCAGUUUCUGGGAGUUGCAUUUUGUGAUUUUUGAGCUUCUUGAUGUAAUUUUGGCUAAUUUUCAGCUUUUCUAGUGAAAAACUGAGAUUUUUCAAGUUCCGAAGCUAGAUUUUCAUGAUUUUUGAGCUUCUGGGUGAAAUUUGACCCGAUUUUCAGCGUUUCUAGUGAAAAAUUGGGAUUUUUCAGGCUCUGGAGCUAAUUUUCCUAAUUUUUGAGCUUCUUGGUGAAAUUUCAGCUCAUUUUCAGCUUUUCUAGUGAAAAAUUGAGAAUUUUUGAAGUUCCGGGAGCUAAUUUUUCAUGAAUUUUUGGCUUCUGGGUGAAAUUUGACCUAAUUUUCAGCUUUUCUAGUGAAAAUGGAGAUUUUUUUCAGGUUUCUAAGCUAAAUUUGAAGAAUUUUGAGCUUUUUCAGUUUUUCUAGUGAAAAACUGGGAUUUUGCAGGGGUUAGAGCUAAUUUUCAUGAUUUUUGAGCUUCUGGGUAAAAUUUGACCUAAAUUUGAGGCCUAGAAAGAGGCUUCAAGUCUAAGGCCUCCGUCUAGAUCUCUAGGACCCGCUCCCAAAGCUUCCCAGGGGUAUUCUGUGAGCUCAGAAGCCCUAAAGCACCUAAAAAAAACUCUAAAAUUCUUCCAGAAUGCUCCGAAAUCCCAAGCACAAUGUCACAAUCCGCACAACAAGCCGCCGCCGCCGCUCUCCAACAAUCCGCACGCACUUCCGGAAUCGCCAAAUACCGCCGCGUGAUGCUCGGCGGUCGGUCCUACUGUGGCCUGCGCACCGGAACCGGCUCCCAAGCUCGCGGUGUCAUCAUCGGCCGCCCAUCAGCCGCCCAAAAUAUUCCGGUUCCCGAAGAGCUGAUCAACAAUGUUCAGCAGGUUUUGCAAGGCAAAUCGAGGGAGAUUAUUAUUCGAGAGCUCCAGAGAACCGGGCUCAAUGUGAAUGAAGCGGUGAACAAUUUGCUGAGUCGAGAUGAUGGUGAUGAUCCGAUGGAUAUGAGUGGAGCUGAUCCGAUACUUCCAGAAGAGCUUCUGCAACUUCUAGAACAUUCGAGUGCUGCCAUUGGUGGACAUCCAUUAGAUGAUCCAUUUGAAGCGUUGAACUUCUCCAGGCUCACAAAACGCAAAGAGCUCAAAAAUGAGAAGAAGAAGGAGCAAUCUGAAAUAUAUCGAAGCAUUUUCAUGCUUUCACCAGAUGUUGAAUGGUGGAGAGGUGAAGAGGGUUGUGGAAAACCGAGGGAGGUUUUGAUGAUGGAUGAUACGGAGCCGAUUGUGGAUGAGGAGAGAAUGGAGAGACAGAAGGGAAAGUGGUGAGUUUUAGAGCUCUAGAGAAUUUUUAUGAUGAAAAUUGAAGAAUUUUAAGUCAAAAUAUGCUUAUGGAGCUCAUUUUUGAGCUCUAGACCAAAUUUUAUCGUCCUGGAUCGAAUUUAAGAGCCCUGAAGCAUCUUUUGUGACUGCUGGAGCUCACUUUCGAGUUCCAGAGCUAAAUUUCAAGCUUCAGAUAAUUUUUCUAAUGAAAAAUCAAGUAUUUUGAGCUCUGGAGCCAAUUUUUGACCCAUGGAGCUUUUUAGGCUUAAAAUUCAGCCAGAAAAGAGGUUUUUAGCUCAAAAUUCACCCUUUUUAAUGAAAAAACACCUGAAAAUUUUAAAAUUUCCCCUAAAUUCUAAAUUUUCCAGCUCGCCAAUCGUCUCAAUCACUUGCACAACCUGGGCUCUUUACGCGUUGCACAAAAAUGGCAAAAUCUACACGUGGAAUUGGGAUGAUGAUAUUGGCUCAGAGCACGAAUUCAGACCCCCGAAUUUCGAGGAAAAAUCAGCUGAAAAUGUGCCUGUAGUUAUGAUAACUUCAUCGAAUUUGAGAAUUUGCGCUAUUUUGCAAAAUGGAGCCAUGAUUUCGUGGCUCGAAACAUUGGCAGUGGGAAGACGAGUUCAGAAGGCGACUGAAAGCUACGGACAGAUUCCGGUGGAACAAGUUGGAUUGUUGAAGGAUUUCACGACUAGUGAUUAUAUUGCGGCAGUUCGAUGUGAAAAUGUGGUUUAUUGGUGGUAAGUUGCGGGGUUUUCGAGUCAUUUUCGGGGAAAAUUGGUGAAAAAGAAUGAUUUCUGGAAGAAAAAUGAGCUAAUUUGAGUUCUGAAGCAAUUUUUUUGAGUCCUGGAGCGAAAAAUUAACGAUUUUCGGGUCCUGAAGCGAAAUUUGGUGAUUUUCUAGGUUUUGGAGUGAAAAAUAUCGAUUUUAGUGGUUCUGAAGCUACAAAUCUUGGUUUUUCAAGUCCUGGACGUUUGAACCUUGAAAAGCAUCGAAUUCCCUUCCAAGACUCUGAAAAUCAUCGAAUUUUUCUCCAGGACCACGAAAAUCGUGUUUUUUCGCUCUAACACCCGACAUAUCAUCAAAUUUCGCUCCAGGACCAUUAAUUUCGAAUUUGUGAGCAAAAAUGACCCCUAAAAGUGCAUUGCUCAGAUUUUUCUGAGAAAAUAUAGUAUUACUCAUGUUAAACUUUUUUUCUUUUGAAAAUCUCCUUUUUUUCCAGCGGAAUCUACCCUCCAUCAGAUCGCUCAAAAUCCACCGAAAAAGCAGCGGAAAAAUCGGAAAAAGAUCGCAAAAAACACGUUUCCUUUGGUGAAACGUCAAUUUCGUCAACAACUUCGAAUUCAGCAAGUUCUGGAAUGAAUUCAGCAUCAAAUUCGGCAUCUGGAAGUUCAGAAAUCCACGUCGGAAGUCAAGUACAACUCAAAAAAUCGCCAAUUUUCCCGGCCGGAAGUGUUGGUGUCUUCAUUGACACUGAAAAACCAAUGAUUGGAGUGUUGCUCGAAGAUUCGUGGAAUUUUGGAGAAAAUUGUCGAUUCAGAAUAUUGUCGGUGGAAGAAUAUGAUGGAGAAAGUGUGAAGAUGGAGAUUUUGGAAGAGGAGGAGGAGCAAUAUGUUCAGGUGAGGGUUUUUACUGAAAAUGAGCCUUGGUGCCGAUUUUCUAGAUGAAUUUGGAGCAUUUUGAGCCCGAUUUUGAGAUUUUUGGAUGAAAAUGAGCCCAGGAGCAAUUUUCUGUGCUGAAAUUCUAGAUUUCUGGCUGAAAAUCGAUGUUCUAACUAAAUUUGGAGAUUUGUGGCUAAAUUUUCAAAUUUUCUAACUUUUUCACGAGAAAAAAAGAUUGGAAACGUCUUUCUAAUCAAAAUCUUGAGAUUUUCCGAGAAAAACAAGCCCAAACUCGAUUUUCCAGCUGAAAAUUUAGAUUUUUGACUGAAAAUUGGUCUUGAGAUAGAAAAAAGGGGGAUUUUAUUUUUGAGUGUAAAUUCGAAAUUUUCAGCCGGAACUCGAUUUUUCUAACCGAAAUUUGAGAUUUGAGCCGAAUUUCAGGAUUUUUUAAACCGGAACUUGGUUAUUCUAACCGGAAACUGAUUUUUAGAGCCGAAUUUGAGGCGAAAUUCGAUUUUUCCAACUCCCAGAAUUUCAGACUAGAAAAUUCAUCCAAAAAGUCUAGUUUUCACCUAGAAACUCCCAAAAAUCCAAUAUUUUUGCAGCAGCCAAAUCAAUCUCGCAAACGAAAAGCCGCCGAAGCCUUAUCCGAUCCAUUCCACGAUGAUCCAGUGCAAAAAAUCGAAAUUUGGCCGAUCGACGAAGUUUUGUGGAUUCACGAACAUCGAAAACGUGAUGUUAUGACUGUCGAAGUUGUCGACAAUCAAAUGGUAGCUGUGAAAUUCAAUGAAACAUCAAGAAAUUGUAUGAAAUAUGCGAGUUUGAUCAGCGAUAAUCCGGAAGGCAAUUCGAGAAGUUCGAAUCAGCAAACAAAUCAGGGAAUGAGAAUUUUGAGAAAAGAUGAACUCCAAGUGCUCAAAAACCCGGCAAAAAAUGGAGAAAAAUUGGCGAAAUUGGUGCAAAAAGAGGUGUUGAGCUUUAUGAUUGAUAUGAGCAAGCCGAUCAUUUCAAUGUGUGCGGAUCUCACGGGAUUUCGAAUUUUGGUCAGAUCGCGACACGAUCAAAUCCUUCUUUGUAAAGUUCCGGUCACUGGAAAGGUUGUGAUGAGAAGCAGAUUGCCGUUGAACGCGUUGGCUGUGGAGAAACGUAUUUUGAGAGGAGCGGAGGGAAAAUGCCCAGAGUUGGUGAAUUUUGGAGAUGUGAGUGUUUUUUAGGGAGGGCUGGGAGGAGUUUGGGGAAUUUUUAAGCCAAAAAUUGUGAAAAAUGGCCGAUUUUGAGCCCGGAGCUUGAAAAUUUGCCAAAAUUAGGCUUGGAAGCUUGAAAACUGUAACUUUAGGCCGAAAAUAGGCCAAAAUACGUUCUAGAGGAGUUUUGGAGCAUUUUGAGCUUAAAAUCAUGAAAAUUGCUCAAUUUCCAGCGAGGAACUUUGAGAAUCAGCAAAAGUUGAGCUUAGAGCUUUGAAAAUUGUUAUUUUGAGCUAAAUAUAGGCCAAAAUACGUUCUAGAAGAGAUUUGGAGCACUUUGAGCUUAAAAAUUUUGAAAAUUGGUGGAUUUUAAACCAGGAACUUUGAAAAUUUGUAGAUUUGGAGCAUUUUCAACUCAAAAAUGCAAUUUUUAGAAGCAUUGCUCAUGUUAGAAAAUCCAGCCCAAAUAUUGAUGCAAAAUUGAGCCUGGAAGCUUGAAAAUAAUCAAUUUUCGUUGGAAUUUUCAAUAUGAGCAAUACUUUAAACAUUGCUCAUGUUUGAAAUUAUCUUAUCGAUUUUUUGCAGUCGCGAACCCUAUUCAUUCGAGAUUCUGCUGGACAAUUGAUUCCACUUUUACGAGAUGCUUUGAAUGGAUAUCGAGAACCGCAGAUUCUACACUCACAGCCGAUUAAUUUGAUAUCGACGUAUUCGAGACCGAAAAGAAGAAAUGGAUCGAUUUGUGAGGUAAUUUGGGGGUUUCUGAGCUGAAAAUUGUGAAAAAUGAUGAAUUUUGAGGUUGAAAAUAUGGAAAAUGCUCAAAAUUGACCCGAAAUCCCAAUUUUUCUUCCAGAAAGGCGCCACUGCUUGGGAAGGAUCGGUUCUUUGCAUUCCGGGAACAAAUCGACCGAAUCAUCGACAUUUUUUGAAGGAUUUCGCUUCUUUGAUGCAACUCGUUUUGUAUUGUGAUUUGCAUGGUGUUCAGGCUUUUUUGAAUAAGAUUAAUGAUUUGAGACGUGGGUUUUUUUGGGCAUUUUUGGGUGAAAAAUGGUGGAUUUUGACCUGAAAUUCAUCUAGAAUUCAAAAAAUCUGAAAAUUUCAGUCUAGGCUUUCUGGAAUCUGAAAAUCUGGAUUUUUUCAUGAAACCCCGAGCUAAAAUUUAUUUCGAAAUGUCAAAAAAUAUUUUCAAGAAAACAAUUUUCAAUUAAAUUUCUAGCCUAGACUCAAAAAAUCUUGAAUUUUCAGCCUAGACUCAAAAAAUCUGAAAAUUUUAAGCCUAGGCUUAUUUGGACUCUAAAAAUCAGGAAAUUUUGAGCCCAAGCUCAUCUAGGCUUGAAAUAUCUGGAAUCUUAAGCCCAGGCUUAUCUAGACUCAAAAAAUCUGAAAAUUUUAAGCCCUAACUCAUCUAGAUUCAGAAAAUUCAAAAUUUUCGAGCCUAGAUUCGAAAAAUCUAGCCUAAGGCUUAUUUGGACUCUAAAAAUCAGGAAAUUUUAAGCCCAAACUCAUCUAGGCUUGAAAAAUCUGGAAUGUUCUACCCCAGGCUUUUCUGGACUCCAAAAAUUUUGAAAUUUUCAGUCUAGAUUUAAAAAAUCGUUUAAGCUUAAAAAAUUCCAAAUUUCCUUGUCUAGACUCUGAAAAUCGGAAAAUUUCUAGUCUAGGAUUAUCUAGACUCAAAACAUCUGAAACUUUGAGCCUAGGGUUAUUUAGGCCUGAAAAAUCUCCAAAUGUUUAACCUAAGCUCGUUUAGGCUUUAAAAAUCUGAAAAUUUAGGCCUAGAUUCAAAAAAUCCCGAAAUUUUCCAGCCUAGCCUCAUUUAGGCUCAAAAAAAUCAGCCUGAAAUCUACUGUAUUCUUAGGCUUACAGUACUCAAACCUUGCCUUAUCUAGACUCUAAAAAAUCCCCAAAUUUUGCAGAAUCCUCAAUCCUCAGCCAAGACGAGUUCCGUCAAAUCAUGUCCGAACAACUAUUCGCCAUCACAUCAGACGGUUGCUCAAAUAUCAUUCAUGCCGCAAUCCGCUUGUGCGUCGCCGCGCGGAAUUCGCAAAACCAGGAUAAAAUCACACCGGAAACCCUAAAAAGCACGCCGCCAAAAUUCGCCGCAAAAAAUGUGGAAAAUGAAAAACGAUGGAAAGGUGUGUUGAGAGGAAGAAGACGGAGUCAAGAAGUUGAAGAUGGUCAAGAAAUUGAGGAGAAUAUCGAAGUUUUGCAGUCGGGUACUGUAGUUGAGGAUUUCUCGAUGGGAAAUCCAAUCAAGACACCGGAAAUAAGACAGAAAAAUGCGAUGGGAAUCUUGGAUUUGCUACUCAAACAUUUGACUAUGUUUUUUGAUAUUGAAGCGGAAAAUGGUGUUGGUGAGUAGAUUUUUGGGCGGAAAUUUGGGAUUUUCGGUGAAAAAUGACCUGGAAAGACCUAAAUAAAAAAAAUUUAAUUUAAAGGCUCAAAAAAGGCCUGAAUUUAGGCUCAAAAAAUUCCCCCAUUUUCCAGAAUUUUUGGACGAAAAAGAUCGUUGCUCAGCUUUGAAAGCCCUUCUAUCAGCACGUGAUAUCAAUGGACGAACUCCUUUCAUGUUGGCCGUGAAUUUGAGAGCAUACGGAGCUGCUGGAUCGGUUUGGCAGUGUUUGUUGCAAUUGGGAUUCGCUGAUAUGGUUGGUUGCGGGUGA